AUGGAACCCACCGCGGAGAGCGAGGAGGACAGUGGAGGAAGCGCGGCGACAGGGGAGUGCGUGAAUAGGAUUCCGGUGCCAAGACCGCCCUCCAUUGAGGAAUUCACCAUAGUGAAGCCCAUUAGCCGUGGCGCCUUCGGGAAAGUGUAUCUGGGGCAGAAAGGCGGCAAGUUUUAUGCAGUGAAGGUUGUCAAAAAAGCAGAAAUGAUCAACAAAAAUAUGACCCAUCAGGUGCAAGCUGAGAGAGAUGCACUGGCACUAAGCAAAAGUCCUUUUGUUGUCCAUUUGUACUAUUCACUGCAGUCAGCAAGCAAUGUCUACUUGAUAAUGGAAUAUCUUAUUGGUGGAGACGUCAAGUCUCUCCUACAUAUAUAUGGUUAUUUUGAUGAAGAGAUGGCUGUGAAAUACAUUUCUGAGGUAGCAUUGGCUCUAGACUACCUUCAUAGACAUGGAAUCAUCCACAGGGAUUUGAAACCAGACAAUAUGCUUAUUUCUAAUGAGGGUCAUAUUAAACUGACAGAUUUUGGCCUUUCCAAAGUUACUUUGAAUAGAGAUAUCAAUAUGAUGGAUAUCCUUACAACACCAUCAAUGGCUAAACCUAGACAAGAUUAUUCAAGAACCCCAGGACAAGUAUUAUCUCUCAUCAGCUCUUUGGGAUUUAACACACCAGUUGCAGAAAAAAACCAAGACUCUGCAGACAUCCUUUCAGCUCGCGUAUCUGAACCAUCACAGUUUUCUCAAGGACUUAUUUGUCCUAUGUCUAUAGAUCAAAAGGACACUACUCCUUAUUCUAGCAAACUACUAAAAUCAUGUCUUGAAACACUUGCCUGCAAUCCAGAUAUACCUGUGAAGUGUCUAACUUCUAAUCUACUACAGUCUAGGAAAAGGCUGGCUACGUCCAGUGCCAGUAGUCAGUCCCAAGCCUUCAUAUCCAGUGUGGAAUCAGAAUGCCACAGCAGUCCCAAAUGGGAAAAGGAUUGCCAGGAAAAUGAUGAGGCAUUGGGCUCUACAAGGAUGAGUUGGAAUACAGUUGAAAAGUUAUGUGAAAAACCUACAGAUGCCAUCGAGACUGCAAGUUUUAAUAAAAAGGAUCUUGAGUUAGUCCUUUCUCCCAUUCAUAACAGUAGUGCCAAUCCUACCACUGGGCUCUCUUGUGUAAACCUUGCUAAAAAAUGCUUCUCUGGGGAAGUUUCUUGGGAAGCAAGAAAACUGGAUAUAAAUAAUAUAAAUAUGGCCACUGACACAAGACAGCCUGGUUUCUAUCAGUCAGAUCAGUGGGCUAUGGAUUCUGGUGUCAUGUCUGAAGAGCACCUUGGGAAAAGAAGUUUAAAAAGAAAUUUUGAGUUGAUUGACUCCAGUCCUUGUCAGGAAACUAUACAGAAUAAAAAAAUUUGUGCAGAGUAUAAGCAUUGUAAUGACAUGAUAGAUUGUUACACAAAUCAAAGUACAGGCUUAACAGCCAAAGUACAGGACCUGAAGAUUUCAAUAUAUAGAAGUCAGCAAAAUGACUGUGCUAAUAAGGAGAACAUCAUCAAUUCUUUUAUUGAUAAACAACAAACACCAGAAAAAUUACCUAUACCAAUGAUAGCAAAAAACCUUAUGUGUGAACUGGAUGAAGAUUGUGAAAAGAAAAAUAAGAAGGACUACUUAAGUUCUAGUUUUCUUUGUUCUGAUGAUGAUAGAGCUUCUAAAUGUAUUUGUAUGGACUCUGAUUCAUCUUUUCCUGGAAGUUCUAUAAUGGAAAGUUCAUUAGAAAGGCAGUCCUUAGAUCCAGAUAAAAGCAUCAAAGAAUCCUCUUUUGAAGAAUCAAAUAUUGCAGAUCUACUUGUUGAAUCACCAAAUUGCCAAGAAAAUACCUUGCCUAAAGGUGAUGAGAACCCUUCUGUCCAAGACAGUAACCAAAAAAUGUUAGCUCCUUCUUCAGAGGUGUUGAAAAUGUUAACUCUGUCUAAAAGAAGUGCUGUAGCUUUUCGAAGUUUUAACAGUCAUAUUAAUGCAUCUAGUAACUCAGAGCCAUCCAAAAUGAGCAUUACUUGUUUAGAUGCAAUGGAUAUUUCGUGUGCUUAUAGUGGUUCAUAUCCCAUGGCUGUAACCCCUACUCAAAAAGGAAGAUCCUAUAUGCCAUAUCAGCAGACACCGAAUCAGAUCAAGUCAGGAACUCCAUACCGAACUCCAAAGAGUGUGAGAAGAGGGGCAGCCCCUGUGGAUGAUGGGCGAAUUCUAGGAACCCCAGACUACCUUGCACCUGAGCUGUUACUAGGCAGGGCCCAUGGAUUUCUGACUUUGGGUCCUGCAGUAGACUGGUGGGCACUUGGAGUUUGCUUGUUCGAAUUUCUAACAGGAAUUCCCCCUUUCAAUGAUGAAACAUCACAACAAGUAUUUCAGAAUAUUCUGAAAAGAGAUAUCCCUUGGCCAGAAGGUGAAGAAAAGUUAUCUGAUAAUGCUCAAAGUGCAGUGGAAAUGCUUUUAACCACUGAUGUUUCAAAGAGAGCUGGAAUGAAAGAGCUGAAACAUCAUCCUCUCUUCAGUGAUGUAGACUGGGAAAAUCUGCAGCAUCAAACUAUGCCUUUCAUACCCCAACCAGAUGACGAAACAGAUACAUCCUAUUUUGAAGCCAGGAAUAAUGCUCAGCACCUGACUGUAUCUGGAUUUAGUCUAUAGCACAUAAAUUUUCCUGUUAGUCUAACCUCGUGUUAUAGAAUAAGCUGACAUAAUUAUAUACUCCUUAAUACUAGACUGAUCUAAGGGCAAAAAUGAUUAUUUUACCUGGGCCAAUGAGCUUGUAAUGUACAUGACACCUUUCACAGAGUUCAAAGGCUAAAAGGAAU